AUUUAAAAUAUUAAAAUAUUAACCGCAAGAGACAUACUCGUACGCGUGUGACCACACAGAAUGACCCAAUAAAUCAUAAUCCAGUAAGACAGAAGGUGUCGGAACUUGCAAUUCAAUUAGGAGAGAUGAUAAAUUCAAUUAAGUUGCAAUCCUGAGCAGCGCCGCUCAACCAACUUCUUUUGGGCAUGAAAGAUUGAAGCUUUCCCAUAGAAACACCAAAGAAAAGCAGCAAGUGACAGAGAGAUAGAGAGAGAGAGGGAGGGAGCUGCAAUCCAUUGCUCCUUUCAGAUCCUUUCAUUUGCUCGGUUGGACGUCAGUGGAAUUCAUGAAAUUAUGGCAAGUGUGGCAUUCAAAUCCCGAGAAACCUGAGAUAAUCAAUACGAUACGUUAAGAGAUAACUGAGUCUAAGGAGAUAAUUGGACCCAAGUGCUAAAUGUUCAAUGAUUGAAAUACGACACCAACAAAAUCAUAGAAAAUAAAUAAUAAAAAAGAAAAUAAAAUAAAAUACAAGUGAAAAAUCAAUGUGAAACAAAGGAAAUGAUAUUGUAAAAGCAAACGCAAAAAGAAAUCAACUAAAUGCCAAAGCGAGCGGCAGCGGCGGCUGAAAAUUGAAAUACAAAACUGACAUCGAAACAGCAAAAGGGAGAAACCAGAAAUUGUGAAACGAAAGAAGCGACUCGACUCGACCGACACACCCACCCCCACACUCCGCCCCCCUGCACAGAUAUUGAAUGCUCGUGAGUGAGGACAAAUCCGUAAGCAGGUGUUUAAUACUCUCGGCUAACACAACAACAGCAACAGCAACAGAACAACACUGGCGCCACAACUGUCUGUAACACUGGAAACAUGUUGCUGAGACGCUCGCCACAUAGCGGCGGCAUCCCCAAGAAGUCGCCGGGUCGAACGCCCACGCCUCAACGCCCCUCACACCCAUCACACCCAACGACGCCACUGCAACUGCUGCUGCUACUCUGCCUGGCAUUUGUGGGUCAUGUCAGUGCACAAUUUGAUCGGACCAUCAGUGAACAGGAGAGCAAGUCUGUGGUCCUUCCCUGUCCUGUUAAUGAGGAAAAAUGCGGCAAACUGCAUUCAUUGAAUUGGUUCAAAGGCGACGAUCGCAUUGCUGCCAUGCUGCUCGGCGAUAGCAAUGUGACGAGUGUGAAUAAAGAAUUUGAGGAUAGAGUAACUGUUGAACAAAAUCCAUACAGACUAGUUAUUAAGGACUUGAAAAUAGGUGAUGAGGAUAUUUAUCUAUGUGAUACAACAUUUUUUAUACCAGAAGAAACGUGUGAUAACUUCAAUGGCUAUCGAGUGGAAUUGAGAGUCUUAGAAAACAUUGUGCCACCCACUGAGGUUGUGAUUUUGGAUGCAAAGGGCGAUCGCAUCGAGAACGGCAGCGUGGUGGGUCCCAUGCAGGAGCGCCAGGCCCUGAAGGCCACAUGCACCGUGAAGAACACCCGACCCCAGCCAGAUGUCGGCUGGUUCCGUGGCACCAAGCGCCUGGCAACGUACUCUCCCACUCACGAUUUGAACGAAGGCCUCUAUACUUCGACACUGGAGUUGGACUGGCAAUUAUCCCGUGAGGAUCUGGCUCAGGACAUUGAAUGUCGCGUGGAAUCAGCGGCGGUAAAGUCAGCGAUUGUUACCAAAUUUAGCGUGGACUUGCAAGUGCCCCCAAAGAGCAUACUCAUCAAGGGAGUGGAACAUCAUACGGUUCAGGGCAGCAAAGUAGUGCUACAAUGUGACAUUUACGGGGCUCGCCCUGCUGUUAACCUCACCUGGUACAAUGCAACAUCGACUAUAAGUCCAGAGGAGAAUGACUUAACCGAGAUACGAACAAAAGCGUUCGAGAAGGAGGAUGGCACCUAUCACACACAAUCAGAGCUCGUCUUUAAUGCCUCUCGCUUUGAGAAUGAUCGUGUUUUCAAAUGUGAGGCUGAGAAUAUCGUACUACAAAUCAACAGAGAGAAGCCGAUAUCAUCGACCAAAACAUUGGAAGUGUUGUAUCCUCCUGUUGUCAGGGUCAGUCCGCCUGAAAUGGUCACAAAUACCAGUGAAAUAGUCCUCCUGAAUUGUGAAUAUUUCGCCAAUCCGGCAUCUUUAACCCAAGUUGUGUGGUAUCGCAAUGGCGACAUUGUCAAUGUGAAUGAUACGGAUCACUAUCAGGGCGGCAAUUCGGAAAAUGUGGCUCUGGUUAUCAAGGCCACCGAUAAGGAAGACGUUGGCAACUAUUCGUGCCAGCUAUCGAAUGCGAUUGGCAAAGGCAUAUCGGAGCAGCAAAUUGAUCUUGAUGUCCAGUAUGUGCCCGUUGUGGAGGUGCUAAUGAUACCCGAGGGACCUGUGAAGGAAAGCGACGAGUCGAACGUGACCCUCUUUUGCAAUAUUUUAGAGGCUAAUCCUUCAGUACUCACGAAGGUGCGUUGGUACGCCAAUGCCACGUUGCUUAAAGAGCUGCCCGACUGCGAGGAAACUAGAGAGGAUCUCUGCCAUAUUGAUCCCAGCAAACUGUUGCUGGAGAGCAUUGGACGUGGAUUUUUCUACAAUUACUCCUGCGAGGGCUUCAAUGCUGCUGGCUGGGGUCCACGCAGCGAAGAGAAAGAGCUAAUGGUACAUUACGAGCCAGGACCUGCUACGCUUACCCACUUCCCCCUCGUUGCUGUGAAAAAGAAGAGCGUCAUCUUCUCUUGCUCUGUGGACGAUCCGGGCUAUCCGGAAUCGAAUAGAUAUCGUUGGCUGCGAGGCGGUCGCGGUCCGCUGCAGGACAUUGUCACCAGGGACUGGACGGUGGAACCUGUUGGCCUCGACAGCCGUACCAACUAUUCCUGCUAUGCGUACAACGAGGGCGGCAAGGGCGUAAUGGCCACAGUCAAUUUGGAGGUGCACGCACCGCCAUUUUUCAUCAAGAACCUGCCACAGUAUACGGGUGUGCUGCACACCACCCGCAAUGCCAAUCUAACCUGUCGCAUUGAGUGCGUUCCGCGCUGUGAGAUAUCCUGGCAGAAGGAUGGCAAACCCAUUGAGAAGAACGAUACCCGCUACUUUGUCAAGGAGAAGUAUAUGGAUGCCUCACCGGCAACGGGCGACUUUGAGAGCAUGCUAUCGGUUUUGCACUUUAACCUGUCAAAUUGGCCAAAUUCGAAAUUCGAUAUCUUGGCAGACAAUGCGAACUACAAAUGCGUCUCGACGAACAAUUCCGUGGGACCUGGCAUCAAUGGUGACACCUAUUUGAACAUUGAAUAUGCUCCCAUCAAUACGACCGUUGCAAAUACCACUGUCUAUGUGCAGGAAGGUACCACACCAGAUCAGGUCAUAUGCCAAUCAUUUGGCAAACCAGAACCUUCGUAUGAAUGGCGUUUCAAGGACAAAACGAUAAGGGGCAAAACACUGAUCAUCAAUACUCCUAUGCAACGCAACGACAGUGGCACCUACACCUGUCUGGCCUUCAACAAGCAUGGCAAGAGCACGGCCGAAACAGUCAUCGAUGUGCAGUUCAAACCGCGCUGUGAAAUUGAGAGACGUGAGAUCGACGAUCAGGAUACACUGAUUUGCACAGCAUUCGGAAACCCUGUGGAGGCUGACUUUUCAUGGUCAAUUAAGGCGGAAAAUGAAACUGUGGAAUAUUUGGGCAGCGGCGAUGAGAAAGCGCACGCGGACAAGAGCUUUUAUGUCCUGCAGGAAGACUAUGCCAUUGCCAGGACCUACAGAUGCGUGGCCAAUAAUACGGUCGGGUCGAGUGCAUUCUGUGAAAUCGAAGUUGCUGCUGGUUCAGCGCUUUUUAUUUGGUGGCAAGAACAAUUGGCCUGGUGGCAGCGUUGGGAGAAGACGACACUCAUCAUUCUGGUUGCAGCCAUACUGGGACUGCUGCUGGCCGUCAUUAUCAUUUGCUGCAUAAUCAUAUGCGUCUGCCGUCGUCGCCGGCGCCAAGAUAAAUUACACGACAAGUCGUCUUCACUGGGGGAACCAUUGACGGAACCUGGCGAGUAUGAGAAUCUACCGUUUCAUGGUCUGCAAACGGCACCUAACAAGUUCUCUACUACCCCCACAAAUUUUAAUAACAACACAAAUGUGGUGCGCGUAGCUCCACGACCCAAGAGACUCAAUGGAAGUAUCAGUCAGCCAUCGAACAGCCAGCAUCAGCAACAGCAGCAUCACCAGACUCUGCAACAUCCUCAUCCACACCAGCAGCAACACUACUGCGACCUGCAGCAACAGCAGCAGAAGCAACACUAUCAGCACCAGAAACCUGGACAACAAUACAAUACCAUGCACCACCUGCCAGCCCCACAUAAUCAGGGACUGGACUCUGGCACGCAUCAAGUGCAAUAUAAUUUGAGCAACUGCUUCCCCAAGAGCUACACCGAAUACUACCAGCAGCAUCAGCAGCAUCAACAGAUCCAGAAACAACAACUACCACCGGCCACGUCGCAGCAGCAGCAAAAGUUCGGCACCAACUCCUCGUCGAAUGUGCAGCUCCUGAAUGCCAUCGAGCACGACUAUCAGCCCACCUAUGCCGUGGUGGAGCGCAUUCCGGCACCGCCGCCGCCACCCGUUCCCAGCACGGCGCUGCUCAACACGAACCCAUUUUUGGCGGCCAGUAACUUCCGCAAGUAUGAUGCAGCGGGGGAGGAGCUGCACGGCAGCAUGCAGCGGGGAAAGAAGAGCAAAGGAGUCGUGGACAUGGACAAGAAGUUUUACUCUCUAAAGUUCCCGGGAGGCGGCGGCACCAAGGUCAAGAAGCCAGCAGCGUACAAUGGGAAUAUAAGCACUCCACUGGGUUCGACCACGUCCCCCACCUCGGCCACCGACACAUCCUUGGCGUCGAAGUGCAAGAGACAUCAUUCCUUUGCUGGCAAUAGCCAUAGCGAUAUUGACUCCGGUGGCAAGCCCAUGCGCCUCUAUGAUCCGCCCGUCUACGAGAACGUAGUGGAGAAAUGCAACGGCCAUGAUGCGGCCAUGGACAUGGGCGGCGGCAGCAGUAACCUUCACACCAAUCCAAACCCAAAUCUGGCCACUGUGCAGCUGCACACGCACUCUGGUGGAGGCGGAGGUGGGCUAGGGGUAUCUGCUGUCGUCCAGCAAAAGAAAAAACAUCACCAUCGCCAUCACCAGCAAAAAAAUGAUCCAGGAGGUGGAGGAAGUGGCGCGGAGUUCCAGCUGAUGGAGCCCGAACGCCUGAGCAUUUACCGCAGCGACUCGGGCAUAUCCAACAGCUCCUACGAGUCCCAACUGCCAUCGGGCUUGUCCCAGCAGCAGCACCGCCCAUCGAAGGCCCACAAAUCAGGGCCUGGGGCAGGGGCAGGGGCAGGGGGAAUGGCCAAUGCCAGCGCAUCUGGUGCACUAUGUCGGAAAACGGUCUACAUUAAUAUGGAUGGACAGUGUGCGGGAUUGAUUCAUGCAGAGUCGCCAACACAUGUGCACUCGUCCUAUGAAUCCGCCUCGUCCACCAGUCAUGCAGUGGCCCUCGCUGCGGAUCCCACAACGCUCUCAUCCUGCACAUCGCUGUACAGCAGCGGCACCAGCGGCACAGCUGCCUCCCUCCGUUUCCCCCGUCACCAGCAUCAGCACAAUCAGGCGGCCAUGGCGAAUGAAAUCACGACACCCGAAGACUUCGAGCAGUACCAACUGGGCCACCAUCCGACGCACUCGGCCUCCACGCUCUCCGUGGCCAGCAGUCUUAAUGCCACCGGAAGAGGCAAAUGUAAAACAGGGCCACCACCCCAGUACAAUGCUCACGAGACCAACAAAACGCUGGCUACUAAUCCAUUUCUAGCCAAUAAACGGAACAACAGCGGCGGCUGCCUCGGGAACAAGAAACUACGACGGCAAACCAUCAGCGACCCCUACGCACAUAUCAAACGGCGGCUGUACGAUGGGUAUGCAAACGCAGCAGCCGACUAUGAUGUCGACGCCUCUAUUACCCACAGCCACAAUACAGAAGCCCCUAAUGCCCACGGUGAUAGCUGCCCCACCAAAUCUGCGACAGUUGAAUCAGCAGCAACGUCAGCAGCACGCCAGCAGCAAAUUGGCAACAGCAACACGGACAUUAGCCACAUCAAGAUCGGGAAUGGCGCCAGUGCCAAUGCCAAUGCCAAUGCAAAUGCAAAUGCCAGUGCUAGUGCCAGUGGAGAACAUCAAGAACAAUUGCUAAUGCCAAAUGAAUUGCUGCUGCAGGCAUCCAGAUUAGGUUCUUUCACCACCGUCGAGAAUUUGAGAUAUGUACCGCCGUUGAAUCCGGUCAUUCGGCCCCUGGCGGAUGGCGGGGCCUACGACUGUCUGGUGGUGCGACGGCCAAUACGCCUACCACUGCGUAAGCACCACACCUUCCAUUUUCAGAGCAACCAGACGGCCAACGGCAGUCUGCAACAGCUGCGCCAGCAACUGCAGCAUCAGCAGCGGGAGAGGGAGCAAAUGGAGCAGGAUGUGGGCUCUCUGAUGUAUCGUCCAUUGGCUCUGAAUGAGCGGCAUGCCUUCAAGCCAAUUUCGCCAACUCUAGCCAUGGCAGCUGCCGAAGCAGAGCAUACAGAAGAGUCGAAGGCCUCCCCGUUGGUGCAGCCACAGCAGCCCUCUGGUGCAACUGGACAACUAAAUCCCGCCGCCUCAUUAGAGGCAUUAGAGCUUCUAACUAAAACGCAUCCAGACUUUAUGUUUCCGCGGUCAAGCUACCCACAGAAUGAGCCCACCACGCAGGAGGCAAUAGAAUUAUCUGCACAGCCAUCAUCUGCACCAGAGAUGGUGGAGGAAGACGAAGAUCUGGGCUAUAGCUUCUGCGAAGAGGAGUACAUGGUGGACAACGAUAACGACAACGAUGAUGCCAGCAGCCUGCGGACCACAACAGCACCGACCAACACGCCAGUACGUAGCUCCAACCAGGAAUCGGCGAUUGCCAAUGCCACUGCAGGUGCACUCAAGUACUUUAUGACCCAAAGCUAUCGUGAAGUUCACAUUUAGAAAGCAAAAUUUCGAAAUUCACCAAAGAAAAACAGGCCUACGCGACGCAUACAAGGUAUUAAAUAUUAUAUGAACAGAGGCAAUGAGAUGUGCGAGUGUAAAAUUCACUUAGAUUGUAAGAUCCAAAUACUGCAACAUUUAUAUAAGCUUGGCAAACCGAAAAAAAGUGAAAUAUGGUAAGGUAUAAGUUAGAUUGAAACAAUCAAAAAAUAUCGGCUUAUCAUUAAAGAAAUAUUUCCAGAGUCCGUUGUCCGUACAUUCCUGUUCCCACAUUGCCGAUAUUCUCAGCCAGAAUGAAUCAUCCAUUGGUCGUAUAAAUAUAUAUAUGUAACAUGAUACUUGCAAAUAGGAUUAAAUAAAAAAGUGUUUAAUCUUCGAAGACUCGCACUAAUUGCUAGUGUAUAUAGAUAGUUACACAUUGACAUUCCGACAUAAAUAUCAUUAACAUUAAGAUUUAUUAUUCUCAAUAGAAGAAGCAAAUCGAAACCAUUGAAAUGCAUAUGCAAAUGCAAAUGAAAAUACAGAAAUACAAUUACAAAAGCAAAUGCACUUAGACCAGUCUAACAACACUAACCGAAUCGAAUCACACAACCAAAAAGCAUUUAUUUAGUUGGCGCUAACUAUCGACAUGUACAUCUAUCGUUUAUCACUAUUAGCAUAAGCAAAACAUGAAUUAGAUAAGUUAAUUAAGUACUCUAGUACUGUAGGAAAAUCAGACUGUGUGUGUUAAGUUUGAUAGUCAUGUGUAUAAGAUAAUUUAAUAAUAAAUGCAGACAGAUAUGUAGCUAAUGUGUGGGCAUACAAAAUAAAUGAGGGUAUACAUACGUUUUUUUAUUUAGACCCUCAUUUUCUAGGUACUUUCUAGUUUUAGUUCUUACUUAUUAUUAUGGCAAUAAUUUGAAACCAAAGCAACUUGAAAAGUCUCUUAGGCGGCAUACUAUAUUGAUUUUUGGAAAGUUAUUCUCCCACUUACUUUACAAAAUAUACAAAAAAAGCUAUCACAAUGU